UCUCCUUCCUCUAUAUAAACACACUGAAGAACUAGAAUCUAGGGUUUUCUGGUAUACGCGUUGCCGCUGCGGAGUGUGAGCAGCUUUUUGCGAGGGAGUUUGGACUCGGCGAAUUGAAAUGGUGAAGGGACGCCAAGGAGAGCGAGUCAGGCUUUAUGUACGGGGAACAGUCUUGGGUUAUAAGAGGUCGAAGUCCAACCAAUAUCCCAACACAUCACUGAUCCAGAUUGAGGGCGUCAACACAAAAGAAGAGGUUGCAUGGUAUGCUGGGAAGCGGAUGGCAUACAUCUACAAGGCCAAGGUGAAAAGGGAUGGAUCCCAUUAUCGCUGCAUUUGGGGCAAGGUCACUAGGCCCCAUGGUAACAGCGGUGUAGUGAGAGCCAAGUUCAAAUCCAAUCUGCCUCCAAAGUCAAUGGGAGCUCGAGUGCGGGUUUUCAUGUAUCCCAGCAAUAUCUGAGGUUUGGAUAACAGAAGAAGUGUGUUUUAACCCAUCCGCCCUAUAUGAUUCCUUUCUCUGGCUUCGCGACCACAAUUUUCAGUGCCUGCUUUUGUUUUUGGAGCGUUGUGCUGGAGAUUUAUCUUUGACUUUGGUUAUGAUACUGUUGUUUUUUACUCUUGCAGUUACUCAGGAUAAUUGUAUCUGGCAGAGAGGAUUUUUGUAGUCAAUUAAUCAGGGACUUUUGUAUCAGUCGGUGUUUUCCACCAAUUUGUUCUUCAUUUGGUUGAGUGAUCACCUUUACUUUAAUUUAAAUAAGUUUUUUCAUUUUUCCUUAAUUUAAACAAGUUUUUUUAUAUGAACUCAUCUGUCUUUGAAAUAUUGAGUGGCUUGUAUACAACUUAUUUGUGGGGAUUUUCCAUAAUUUCCACUGGAUUUCCCAAGAUGAAGUUCAUUCUUGAUUUUUUUUA